AUGACUUCCCUUUCCCCACGGCGGCAUUGUCUCCUGACAUGGAUCCAACAAGAAUCCUCUAAAGGACUCUGCCCGAUGUGUAGACAGAGGCGGAUGAUGAGCUUCGAAAACCAGCGCGCCGUCUCGCAGUCCUCCACCCCCAGACCUUCGACGACCACCAGGCCUUCGACUCGCAGCAACGACGGCCCAAGUCAAGCCACCGCUACUCCUCCAGAUUAUCGACAAGGCCAAUACCAGACCUAUGCCCGCACGCAGCCCGACCAGGACAGACAAGAACACGAACCGUCACCCGGAGCACGGGACGGCACGCCGUCUUCGUUUCGGCCCUUUUUCACCCUGAUCGAGGAUGUCAACACCUCGAAAUUCUACCAUCCAACGGUUCAUUAUGUCUUCAGCGACGACGACACGAGUCUGAUCACUGAGGCGGCGAUGCGGUCGUUGGACCAGCAGCAAUACCUGCCGUAUCCGUCGUCAAAAGCCGGCAAGGGCAAGAAAACUACCGCAGACCCAGCCGACCUAUCCUCCUCCUCCCUUUACGCCGGCAAGCUCCCUCCCCGCAUGUCCAACGCUCAAGAACAUUUUAUAGUACUCGACAUCCAACCGACAGCCACCAGCCCGUCCACUGAGAAUCCCAACCUCCUCCCCUCGCCCGCAAUUCCCUCCGCCGGCCCCAGUCCCAACUCCAACAUCACCCAUCUCCCCUUUCCACCCCCAUCUCACUACAAAAUAACAUCUGCCCAUUCGCUCUCACCCACCUGGCAAGUCCUCAACACCCACCUCACCCCGACCCCGACCUUCGACUCCUCCCUCAAUCCUGCCGCCAUGUCAGACACCGCACAGCCAGACUCCGGCCGCUUCCCCCCCGGAGGCCUGAUGCUCAGAGUCGAAGGCACGGCGGGAUCAGGCGCGUUAGCGGGAUCCAAACCGCGGGCGGCGUCACAGGGCAACACGUCCGUCGCAACCGGUCAGCAAGCGCUGGACGAGAUGGUGGACCUGUUUGAAAAGCGGAUGGGUGAGUUGAGGAAAGUUGUUGACGCCAGUGGAUACGGGGUACAGCCGCGCGGACAAGAAGAGCGGGAUGAGGGUGACUGA